ACAACAAUACCGCUGAAGAUGACCCUGCCCCGAGAGGGUGGGGAGUUGUCCAAAAAUAUAAAUAUCUUUAAUUUAUUGGUAAUAGUCACAGUCGUGCAAUAUUAACCAAAUAACCAAAAUUGUAAAAAUGAAAUUGAUUAUCCUUGCGUUAGCUAUAGCAGCGGGAGUUGCCUCUGCUGCACCUCCAGCUGAACAUUCCAAAGAACAAAUCCCCAUACUCAAAUACGAAAAUGAAGGAGUAAAUCAUGAUGGUUCAUAUAACUGGAAUUAUGAAACAGGUAACAACAUUAUAGCCCAAGAACAAGGUGAAUUUAAACAGGGCGCUAACCCUGAUGAAAAAGAAAUGGAAGUCCGUGGUUCCUACGAAUAUACAGACCCCGAUGGAAAGAAAGUAGUAGUUACCUAUAUCGCUAACAAAGAUGGAUUCCAACCACAGGGUGACAUCUUGCCCACUCCUCCUCCAAUCCCACCAGCGAUCCAGAAACUUCUGGAAUGGUUGGAAGCACAUCCUGAAGAAAACCAAGCAGAAGAGAAUAAAAUUAUCCUUGCGUUAGCUAUAGCAGCGGGAGUUGCCUCUGCUGCACCUCCUCCAGCUGAACAAUCCAAGGAACAAAUCCCCAUACUCAAAUACGAAAAUGAAGGAGUAAAUCAUGAUGGUUCAUAUAACUGGAAUUAUGAAACAGGUAACAACAUUAUAGCCCAAGAACAAGGUGAAUUUAAACAGGGCGCCAACCCUGAUGAAAAAGAAAUGGAAGUCCGUGGUUCCUACGAAUAUACAGACCCCGAUGGAAAGAAAGUAGUAGUUACCUAUAUCGCUAACAAAGAUGGGUUCCAACCACAGGGUGAUAUCUUGCCCACUCCUCCUCCAAUCCCACCAGCGAUCCAGAAACUUCUUGAAUGGUUGGAGGCACAUCCUGAAGAAAACCAAGCUGAAGAGAAUAAAGUUCGAUAGGUUAAGAUAAUUUUAUAAUAUGGCAGUUUUUGUAAAUAAUAUGUAAAUAAAUUAUCUACUU